AAAAAUAGAAUUUUGAUGUAAACAAGAGCGUAAGGACGGAGAAGGACAGAUUGUGAAUAUUUAUCGAGGAAUACACAUUGAAGCAAAACUGGAGAAAAUGCCUGAUACAGAGAAAAUGGCGAGACAGGAUAUUAGAAUGACAAAGCCUCUGACAGUGCUGAAGAGCAUUGGCCCAAAAUUGGUUCCAUUCUUCAAAACAGUGGCCAUCUUUUUUGUGCUCUUUGGAAGGGAGGAAAAAGACAACUGUGUCUUCUGCUGUGUGGCCAAAAUCUUGCCGAUCAUCUCGCUCAUCCUGUUUGUCUUUUUGCAUGGAAUGAAUCUAACCGAAUACUAUCGGUACUCACGCAGAAUCCUGAUUGGCCUAAUCUUCUCCUGCGCUGGCGACAUAUUGCUAGUAUGGAAAGAUUCCUAUUUUGAGGCUGGUAUUCUCAUGUUUGCUGUGGCGCAGAUUUGCUAUGCAAGGGCAUUUGGAUGGAAACCAUUCAACCCAUAUGCACUUGCAGUGUUCGCAGCCAUUGGAGCAGCAAUUUACUCCAUUUUGAGCCCUUCCUUGAAUGGAAUUUUAAGCUAUCUGGUUGCGAUUUACAUCUCUCUGAUUUGCAUUAUGGGAUGGAGAGCGGUUGCCAGGGUGAGAUUUUUCGAUGACCUUGUAACUUGGACAAAACUUUGCGGAUGUGCAGGUUCCAUUCUUUUCAUGAUUUCCGAUAUCACCAUUGCAAUCAAUAAAUUUGUGAUGCCCUUGCCGUUUCAUCACCAAAUCAUUAUGUUGACUUACUAUGCUGCCCAGCUUGGCAUAACGUUAUCGGUCGUUGACAGUCAGGUAGACGUUAUCCUACAGCCAAACCUGGAAUAGGACAGAACAAAGUUGUCAUACGUACAACAUGACUUGUCCACAAGAUUCAAAAGCCAAGAUGGAUAUGUUACACAUAUCCUCCUCAAUAUUUACCUUUGCAUGGUGCUACAUUGAGUAAGAGUUAUCUUCUCUUGGUUCAGAAUGGAAAGAUAGUGUUUCAUAAAUCAAUUUAUUAAUGUUUAUUCGUGUAAAUGAAAAGUAUAUCUGUAAGACUGGAAGAUCGAUAUAAAGUUUGUUGUUAGGUUUUUCUUUUGUGAAUGUCAUUGUUUUAGUGGCAGGUUGUAGAAGAUUGGUGUGAAUGUUAAUUUAGCAUAGAUUUCCAUACAUGAUUUGGGGAGUGUAAGCGAUGAGUGUCUGAACCAAGCUAUUUACUGCGUGUGUCUCGUUUAAAUGUCACACGAGGUCUAGUCAAUGUUGAUGAGUUCAUUGCCCUUAGGGAAGAGUACUUUGUCCUGUGUUUUAGUUUCUGUCGGGGUAAAGUCCGGCUUUUCUAACGGAGAUAAAUUGUGGAAACAGUACUGCACAUCAAUCCUGUACCACCAGCUGGGUUGUCAGUUGUUCUCUCUAUAUAUACACAGGGUAUAUAUACAUGUAUAUAUAUAUAUACGUAACAGUGUUGUUUUAAUUUGUCCUAUAAUACAUAUAUAUACACGAUCCAGUUUAACACUGCACAUUUGUAUGUCAUUUUUUUUGUUGUUUCAAUUUGUUGUACAGUAUUAACAUUUCCCAUCCUAUAUCUUCACCAUAGUUUUCCCUUUGUUUCAAAAGUUGGAAAAUGUAACAGAAGUUAAGAUUUUUUUAUUGUUAUUAUGCCAGAAGUUCAUAAAACUUGUACACCUGACGGGUUUCUGAUUAAAAUUUGUCUCAUACAGCUGUUAUAUUGGACAGUGAAAUUGAUUACCACGAUUUAUACAACCUUUAACUUAUUCACCCCUAAAGUUUCAUAAUGAACUAUUCCAACCUUUGAUUUCGAAGAGUUCAAAUGUGUCUUCAGGGGUGAAUGAGUUGAGGAUCCCUGUACUUCUGCCAACAACUGUAAAUGAAUUGGAAUCUGUUUUAUUGGCAUGAUAUUAGCUUUAAUAAAUCAUUUCUUAAAAGCAUGUUUUUGCAAAACUUUAAUGAAAAAAUAAUGAUGAAAUGUAUAAAUCAAACCGAGAUUCAAACUUCAGACCUUGGACAACUGUCUUGAGCUACCUAGGCCUGGGAUGGCCAAUUACAAGUCCUACUGGAUCUGAAACAAAAAUUAAGGGGAGAUAACUGUAUAUAUAUGGAAAGUUUUCCAGUGUUUUGCUUGUAGUGGGACAAGGAUUCUAAAGGUAAGCGUAGAUUAACGUGUAUCACUGCAGUCAUGUGAUCGUAGAUUUACGUGUAUCACUGUAGUCAUGUGAUCUUAAAUUUACGUGUAUUACUGCAGUCAUGUGAUCGUAGAUUUACGUGUAUCACUGCAGUCAUGUGAUCGUAGAUUUACGUGUAUUACUGCAGUCAUGUGAUCGUAUAGAUUUACAUGUAUAACUGCAGUCAUGUGAUCGUAGAUUUACGUGUAUCACUGUAGUCAUGUGAUCGUAGAUUUACGUGUAUUACUGCAGUCAUGUGAUCGUAGAUUAACGUGUAUUACUGCAGUCAUAUGAUCUUAAAUUUACGAGUAUUACUGUAGUCAUGUGAUUGUAGAUUUACGUGUAUCACUGCAGUCAUGUGAUCGUAGAUUUACGUGUAUUACUGCAGUCAUGUGAUCGUAGAUUUACGUGUAUCACUGUAGUCAUGUGAUCGUAAAUUCCUAUACUAUGACAAUUUGCAAUAUACGUUUAGGGUUUAUAAUCUAACAUAUCAUUAAGUGGCAUUCAAACCAAAGUCUAGUCAUUAUACAAUGUACUCAAUCUCAAACUUUACUGUGACUUUAUAUCCACAUCACAGGGCCUACAAAUUCAUGUUAACUCAUUUAAUAAGAAACCAGUACUAUUGUUUUGUCAAUCCUCCAGUUUUCGAAAUUACAACAAUCAUUAGUCUGGCACCUCUUAACUUGUAAUUUGUACUAAAUGAACCGACCUGUUCUUCGUUUGGUAUUAACUCAUUCUCAUUCACCUCUGAUCAUGAGGACACAUUUGGACUCUUCUAGUUCAAAGGUUGGAAUAGUUCAUUAUGAAAUUUCAGGGGUGAAUGAGUUGAAUCACUAAUGAAGAUCAUUAUCUUUUGAUCAUUAUUAUAUACAAUGUACAGGCAUUGAAUCAAACAUGAUAUCAAUACAUGUUCCUGGUUAGCAUGUAGUCUGGGGGUUUAUCAAUACAUGUUCCUGGUUAAUAUGUAGUCUGGGUUUUUUUGCAGCCGAUAUGCUGUUCUAGAUGUUAUCCUUGCUGAUUGAGACUUGGUUAAUUACCUAUUGACCUUAUUUUUUUUAUCGUACUUGUACAGAGUUUUUGAUAUUCAACAGAAUGGGUUAAUCUUCUAUCUUUGAAGAUUUGAAGUAUUGCCUGCUAAUGCAUGGAUCUCUAUGUAUGCCGAACUUCGAAGAUUGUAAACAUGUACAGUAGAUACUUCUGUAUCAUGUCCUUCAUUUUCUUUACCACCUUGAUUGCCGUCAAUGUAAUUUAGUGUUUCAGUUUCCUUUUUUUUUAACAAUUCCUUUUUACAUUUCCCUCAACGUAUUGCCAAACCCCUUUUAUAAUGCCAAACUUUGGCUGUGCAAAGUAGCUAGAAUAUUUUGACAUUCAUUUGUAUAGGUAAAUAAGAAUGUGAUACAUGUAUAAUGGUAAUCUUUGGACUCUUAUUAAACCAAGUAUAUAAUACCAUUAUAAUCUUUGGACUGUAUUAGCUAGGUCAGCAAAAUUUGGCCUACACUUUAUUUGUAUGACUCAUAUUUGAAAUACAGUGAACAGGUUUCAAGAGGUAUAUUUUGUACACGGAUAUGUUCAUUAAAAGGGUAUUGUCUGUACAUGGGUAGAUACAAUCAAAGGACUGUCUUUUUUAUACUCUGUGCAGUUGAUGUAUUACAUAUUAUACAAUUAUGGACUUUUGAAAUGGUGCAUGUGAGGUGAUAUGAACCUUAAAAAAGUGGUAUUGACAGAAGCAAAGAGGAGGUCAAUAUCAUUGUUUUUUCGGGUUUACGGUGCAUUUCUAUAAAUUCACCUAAAUUUACCAACUUGCUUAAAAUAAGGGUAUGCUAUGGACAAUUUUUUGAGAAUUUUGGAAGAUUUAACAACCGUUCUAAUUUUACCAAAUUGCAAAGCUCCCUUAUGUGAUUGAAUGUGGUACACAAUUUAUUAGAUGGAUUUAACUGAUCUGUUUUGCUGAUAUACUCACGCUUAUGUAGCCUUGCAUGAGCAGUGAAACAUCUGUGCCGGGCUGAUCAGUGUUCAGUAGAUUGUUGUUUCAUGAAUGACUGCACACAUAAGUGUUCAAUUCAAUUCAGAAGUAAAUUAAAUAAGACAAGAAA